AUGGCAGGCUAUGGUGGAGCUGCAGACGGAACAGCUUAUAACCCUCAAAGUCAAAUGAAUUUGAGUUCACUCAAAAAUCAAAUAACAGAUGUCAAAAAGUCAAACAUAGACAUACAGAAACAAAUAAGUGAAAACGAAAAGAAACUAGAAUAUGACAGACACACAAAGAAACUCAAUGAGUUAAACGUAGAGAAAAAGAAGAAAGAAGAACAACUGAAAGAACUAAGUACAGAGGAAUAUGCGAAAAAAGUGUCAGAAAAAGCAGCAGAAGUAGCAAAAAUGGAACAAGAUGUUAUAAAUUUGAAAAACCAUACUACUCAAUAUAAAGUACUGAAAGAUGAAGAGAUAAAACAAAAAGCCCUGAAGACAUAUAUGGAUAGCGAUGAGUAUAAAAAAGAAGUUGAAGCAAAUGUAAAGGCAGAAAAACUUUUACAGUUGCAAAACCAAACCGUACAGUAUGAAAACUUAGCACAAGAAAGUAAAAAUAACGACGCAGCCAUGCAAAAGGCAAUGAAAAGCGCAGAAUAUAUAAAAGCUAAUAAUGACUGGUUAGAUGCCCAAGCCAACGCUAAAGCAGCCCAACUUAUAGGGUCAAUAAGGACAAAAAUACAAGCGGAUGAAGACAGUUCAAAUGAAGCUUUAAUGAAUGCUGACUUUAAGAAUGCCUUCGAAGCUCUUCAUAGUAAGGUGAAACUAGUGAACGACUUCUCAUCUGGAAAGAAACUGAAGUCUGAAGGUUUCGACAAAGAGUUAAGAGAAGUAGCACAAAAUAUGACGAAAAUAACAGAUGCAGCAACGAGACAGGCAGUUCAAAGUGCCUAUGACGCCGUUAGAGCAACUGUUGUGGAAAGUCAAGAAAAAGAGUUACAACAGACCAAAACAGACCUAGUAAAUGCUUUCUUAAGAACGAAAAGUCAGGUAGGACAUUAUGCUGCAGAUGGAACAUAUGUGCCAGCUGGUGGAACUUAUAUACCACCAAACCCUCCAAGAGAAGCACCUGCACCAGGACUACCUAAAACAUUUACAUC